AUGUCAUCGUUGCCACCAAGACCGAAACCAUGGGAGAGCAAAUCAACCUCCGCUGUCCCAUUAUCCAACUCCGAAGCUGGACCUUCCACCAAACCUGCUACAGCUGCAUUGUCAUCAUCAGCAUUCGAUAAUGCCCUGCAGGCUAGUGGUAGUAACAGUAAUGCCGCGCCGAAGCUACCUGAUAGACCGACUGAUUUGGGAGCGAGCAACAGUCUGACCACUCAGCCAUACGCCCAAAAUCGAUAUACGAAUUCUUACGGGAUGUCACCGUAUGGCGGUAUAGGAGGGAUGAGCGGAUAUGGGGGAUAUGGUGGAUAUAGUGGGUAUGGGGGUUACGGAGGGAUGAGUAGGUUCGGUGGUGGAUAUGGUAUGGGAGGGUAUGGGAUGGGUGGAUAUGGAGUAGGUGGGAUGGGCGGUCCAGGAGAGGGUUACCCAACUCUCACAUCAUCCCUUCAAGCAUCCACCGCUCCAGCAUUUGCCGUCCUCGAAUCACUCGUCACGGCAUUCACCUCCCUCGCUCUGCUUAUAGAAUCUACAUAUAUGGCUACCCACUCAUCUUUCUUCGCCAUGGUUGGCGUGGCAGAUCAACUCGGUUCAUUGAAAACAUACUUAGGUCAGGUAUUGGGUGUAUUCUCGAUAUUGAGGAUAAGCAAGAAAAUCAUCAACUGGUUGAAAGGAAAAAAUAACGCGAAAGGGAAGAAUCCCAUAAAUGGAUGGGCGAACGAAUGGUCAAAUGCCAUACCUAAUUCCCCUGGAGGUACAGGAGGGGGAGGUGGUAGACCAUCAAUCAAACCAUUAAUAUUAUUUUUAUUCUCAGCAGUGGGAUUACCAUACCUCAUGAACCGUCUUGUCAAGCUUCUCAUUGCGUCACAACAGCAACAGCAACAGCAGAUACAAAAUGAAGGAAAUGGAGGAAUUGUAGAUGCUAAUGGGAAUAUAGAUCCGAGUAAAUUGGAAUUUGCAAGAGCCAAAUGGGAGUUUAGAUCUAGUGAAGAAUGGGAAUUGAAUUUGGCAAGGGAUGAGAUAGUUGCGAUCAUCGAGAAGCGUCCCUCGGCUUCGGCUUCGGCAGGUCAAGGAGAUGGAGGUGCGGGUGUGGGUUGGUGGAGAGGUAGGACGAGGGAUGGGAGGGUUGGAUGGUUCCCUGGCAAUUAUGUUGAGAUUAUCAAGCGCAGAGAGAAUGGAAAUACGCAGAAAACUGUAUAA